GCAUGCUACAUGAGUGACGUAAAGCACAUUCUGCAAAUUAGAGACUUGAAAUCUGGUUCCUUGCUUCACCAAUAAAGCAACCUCGUGUAGCUAAAAAAGCAGGACCUUGAUGACUUGAUGGAAUGGCACAAAGCAGGUUCAGUUGCCAAAAAGCAGAACUGCUUCGAUGACUUUAUUUUCGGGGGAGAGUACCUCGUGUCUACUGGUUAUACACAACCGAGCAAGCUGUGUAUUGAAGGUGGCAGCAAUGGUGGACUCUUAGUUGGUGCUUGCAUAAACCAGAGACCAGACCUUUUUGGGUGUGCUUUGGCUCAUGUGGGCGUCAUGGACAUGUUACGAUUUCACAAGUUCACCAUAGGUCAUGCCUGGACUUCUGAUUAUGGCUGCUCCGAGAAUGAAGAGGAGUUUCAUUGGCUGAUAAAGUAAGUCUAGCCAUAUCACUCUCUUUCUCGACAAAGACGCCGUCA